AUCAUGAGGUAUCCUCCGCAUCAACGUAAGAGGCAAACGUCAGUAUGUUGAGCAGAGGAAAGAAGCCUUCCCAGUCAGUUAAGACAAACAUUGAUAAAAGGCCCAUGAAAAGCAUAAGAAAAAGACAGCAAAACGGAGGAAAUAUGAGGACAUUUGUGUUGGAAAUAUGGUGCUGAUUCAUAAUGCAAGGAAGGCUGCUACAAAGAAGAAGGGAAAUUUAGAUCCCAAUUACUAUGGGCCGUAUAAAGUGGUGAAUAUAGAUGACAAGAGUGCCACUCUAUAGAAUGAUUCAGGAUGUACUCUAAAGAGGAAAAAGAACAAAGACGACCAGAAACUGUUCAAAGAUCGGACCACUCAUGAGAAUACAGUUUUGUGUGCGCAGGACAACUUUGACAAAACUACUGAUGAGAAAACAGUUUUGUGCCCGUAGGACACCUUUGACAAGACUACUGAUGAGAAUACAGUUUCUUGUAUGCAAGACACUGUUGGACAAUACAUUAAAGAUGUCAGUGCAGAUUGCAGUUUGAAUGAACUUUUAAAAUUGAUAAGUGAACUGAAUUUAUCAGAAAUAACUCUGAACACUUUAGAAUUUCAAUAUCAACACUGCCCACAACAGAGUUUCUUGAAGGAGGUUAACAAUGUAUCAGAGGCAGAGUUAGAAUGAUCUGCCACACAUUUUUUACCCCAUCUGAGACAUUUGGAUUUGGACUUAUCAGUAAAAACAUCGGUGGUUAUAUGCUUACGUCUGCAGUAUGUGUGAAGGCCAGUCAUCAGUUUCAGCCACUGAUGACCGUUGCGCAAACCCUCAAGGAGGUACCAAGCCAUCUGGAGGAUGUUCAUAUUCACGAGCUUCCACAACUCUACCCAACACAAAGACUUACAGUUGGCGGCGAGACUCUAGAGGCAGUGGACAUGGCAACUAUAGAGGAGGGGAAAUGGAUCAACGACAAGGUCAUCAGCUCCUUCUUGGCACUGAAAAAGAUGGAGCAGAACACAUCAGAAUCAAACAGACACAUUUAUGUCCUUCCCUCGUACACAGCCGUUCAAUGGGAUCAAGGUCACCUGGCCAUGGAUCACUGGAUGUUUAAGAAGGUUCAAUUCUCCAAAUACGCCCAUGUAUUCAUGCCGAUAUGUAUCAAUAGGAAUCACUGAGUGUUGCUGGUUGCAGAC